UCGCGAGACUUGGCUGCGGUCGCCGGGCAGCUCGCGGUGUCUCAAUGGAGCUGGCGGCCUCUGGGAUGAUGAUGGCGGAUUUCGAUGCGAUCUAUGAAGAAGAGGAGGACGAGGAGCGAGCGCUGGAGGAGCAGCUGCUGAAAUACGCGCCCGACCCGGUGGUGGUGCGGGGAUCAGGACACGUCACUGUGUUUGGUUUGAGCAACAAAUUUGAAUCAGAAUUCCCUUCAUCGUUAACAGGAAAGGUUGCACCAGAGGAAUUCAAGGCCAGCAUUAGCCGGGUUAACAGCUGUUUAAAGAAGAAUCUUCCUGUCAAUGUGCGAUGGUUGCUCUGUGGCUGCUUGUGUUGUUGCUGUACUUUGGGCUGCAGCAUGUGGCCGGUAAUCUGUCUCAGUAAAAGAACACGAAGAUCGAUCGAGAAGUUAUUAGAAUGGGAAAACAAUAGGUUAUACCACAAGCUGUGCUUGCACUGGAGACUAAGCAAAAGGAAAUGUGAAACCAAUAACAUGAUGGAAUAUGUCAUCUUAAUAGAAUUUUUACCGAAGACACCAAUAUUUCGACCAGACUAGCAACAGAUUUUGUUUUCAGAGACUUGUUCAAGUGCAUUGUCCUUCCAAUGGUGCCUUGCUUGGUAUUCCUAGUGAAGAUUGUCAGCCUCACAGAUUCUUAAAGCUGUAAUCGAGUUGUUCAUUCCUGUCUAUCCAUACUUCUCUGCUCAAGUUAAUUGUUUUGUAUUUCUCAUAACUUACAUUCCAAACUUUCCUUCUCUCAAUUGUUCACUAGAUGCAUUUAUCUUGUCAUUCCUUUUAUUUGGAUCUCACCACCCUCUUCCAAGAUGCUUCUAAUAGUCAUCUUGCCGUCUCCUUUUAAUGCUUCUUGAUACCGAUUUCCUUCUGCACAGCUUUCACAACACUCAGUAAAAUUGCCUAAAAUGGUUCUAUGAUUACUAAAAUAAUCAAUUUGGUGGUAAUGCCUGUGAAUCACCCCACAUUUUUCUAGGAGAUUUUUGAUAAUGGAUUAAAAUUAGUAGCUGGAGUUUUUAGAAGAAUCAACUUUUCUGCAUGUUCCAUUCUUCACCUAAUACCUGAAGAGCAAACAGAAGUAGUUUCCCUGCGCUGUAUUGUUUCUUGUUUCGUUUUAAUAUACUAUUUUUUUCUUUCUGUCCUUUUAAAUUUGAACUUGAGAUCUACUGUGCACAUAUUCAGAAACACAUACUACUGUGGCUAUAGAAGUCACAAUAUUCAUAUGAAGAAAACAAAGUGAAGAAAUCAUGUCAACUGGCUCUGCCUACGUCCUGAAUAUUGAACUCAAAACAAUUGGAACAAAAUACCUUGAAUUAAUACUGUAGCAAAAUCAAAUGAAGGCUUUUGCACGCAUUGUAUGAUCAUUUGGAGCCAGGACCUUGAAAAAUACAACAGGAAAAUGGAUACUUUGUUCAGGUAGCUGCCAUAAAUUAUGGCUUUUAUGACUUCUGUUACUUUAUUUGUUUACUUUUUCUGCAUAAUUUAGAUUUACAUAUAGAUGUGUUGAUUUUUUUGUCCUGUACAGAUGUUAACAAAUAGUUCAUUAUGCAGACUUAUGUAUAUUGUAUAGAUUUUUGGGUCAGGUCAUUUUUUUAAUAUUCUGCACCUCAGAUAGUGGAACCUGUUAGUGUAUUCAAAGAGGUGCUGCUUUCCAUUUAGUAUUUCACUGAAUACUACCAAGACUUAUGGUGCAGGUUAAUAUUUUUAUAUUUUUAGCUUUUUUAAUUAUAGCUUUGCUCGGAUUUUUAGAAAGUUGGUUAUUUCACUGAAGUUGGUCCCCAGUGUUUAAAGGGUCAGUUUUUACUGUUAAAUAAAAUGUCUGAAACAUUAGGAAUUAUAUAAAAUUAAAUUCCCAGAUAUUGUUAGCACCUUUGGUUGCUGUUGAAAAACUAUACAUAUUUACCUAUUUCUUGCAUUUGUUCCCAGUACCCCGAAAUGAUGAUCAGUUUGCGAAAUAAGAUUGAAUGAUCAAAUUUGAUCAGAUGUGUGUGAUUAUCGAAUUCAUCCAUAACUUCUGAAUUACAAAAAAAGCUACAUAAUUGACUUGAGAUUUUUGCUGUACAUAAUGAUAUAUUACUGUCCUAGUCAGCAUGCAUGCAUACUAACCUGAUACCCAGAUCCGAGGCACAGGGUGGGGAAAAGAUUCACUGAACCUUCCUUUUCAUUCUGGAUAACAAAACACCUCAUUCUGCUGUGAUAGAAAGGAAAAGUUUUUUUUGUGUAAAUGUUACAAUAAUCUGAAAGACCAAAGUUAAUGAUAAUUUUGUUUGAUAAAUAGCAGUUUGGUAAUUUAUCUGAUUCAUUCUCUUUAUAGUGAAGCAUGUCGUCCAUUUAUUGUCUCCCAUGAAACAGUACUACCUAGUCAAUUAAUUAAUUAAUUGUGUAGCCAAUCCAAAAGCAAUAAUGCUUCUGUUAAAGUUUGGUCUGUCAACAGCUGUCCACUUUGUAUUGCUGGCUGUUUGUGUCAGCCAGAUUGUAUGCAUAUUCAGAUGUUAUGUUUGUUAUGUUUUUAUUGCAUUUAUGUCUAUUUGUGCUCAUUAUUUACUUCAAAUUCACUUAGAUUAUGUGGCUGCAAGUGACUCUUCUAAGGGCAAUGUACACAGAAAGCCAUGAGAAUGAGUUGUUUCAGAAAUAAAAGACACUGGUCAGAAAUAUUUAACACUGAAA